AUGGCGGAUAACGACGCUCCCGUUACCCUGCGAACUCGCAAGUUCAUCCGCAACCCCCUGCUUGGCCGCAAGCAGAUGGUGGUUGACAUCCUCCACCCCGGCCGUGCCAACAUCUCCAAGACCGAGCUCAGCGAGAAGCUCGCCAGCCUGUACAAGGCCCAGAAGGAGCAGGUCCAGGUCUUUGGCCUGCGCACCCAGUUCGGUGGCGGCAAGACCACCGGCUUCGCCCUCAUCUACGACUCCCCCGAGGCUCUGAAGAAGUUCGAGCCCAAGUACCGCCUGAUCCGGGUCGGACUCGCUACCAAGCCCGAGCGUGCCAGCAGACAGCAGCGCAAGCAGCGCAAGAACCGACAGAAGACCCUGCGCGGAACCGCAAAGGUCAAGGGUGCCAAGGCGAAGAAGGAGAAAUAA